CAAUCGCAGAACGCACUGAUUACGUCGUCAGUGUGCGACAAACGGAGGGUGCAGAAACUGGUAUAUACAUACAAGGUGAUAAAUCCGCAAUAUCAUUUCACGACUUGUUUUCUUUGCAGACGCAUGUUGCAUUAAAGCCAAGUUAAGCGAGUCUGUUUAACCCGGUGCUGGGAAAAGGUGAUGGCGAACGACAGACUCCGGGCACUGGAGGACGUGGAGCGGGAGAUCCACGUCGUACUGCAGUGUGCAGGAAAUGUGGUCCUGGAGCUCUCAAAGGAGAAGCACAAUGCAAGUUCCCUGGACCGACAACUCAGCCAGUUCACCAGCUCGAUUAACAGGGUGGAGAGUGAACUGAGCUCCCAAAUACGCUACCUCACACAGGUGGCGACGGGCCAGCCCCAUGAGGGCUCCACCUACUCGGCACGGAAGGACUGUCAAAUGGCCCUCAACCGAGCGGAGUACGCCCGCGUGAAACUGGGGGAGCUGGGGCGCACCUGCGAGAUCACACUGGACCCCCAAACCUGACCCCGCACACACACUGCACCCCCAAACCCAAAAGACUGAGACCCACACACACUCGCACGCAUGCGCACACACUCUCUCACACACACACACACACACACACACACACACACACAGACUGAGACACACACACACACAGACUGACACACACACACGCACGCUCACACAGACUGAGACACACACGCACACACACACACACUCUCACACAGACUGAGACACACGCACGCUGACGCACAAACUGUAUAAAUGUCGUUAUUUGAGGCAGCUCCUUUCUCCUUUAAUAAAUAUUUUAACUUUUUUUUUUUUCUCAGAAUUUCUUAAUAAAUAUGAUUGCUCACUGUA